AUGAUGAUGGAAACUGUCUAUGAUCCGUAUGAAAUGCUGUUGGGUGACGGACAAGCGUCGCCAAGCUCAGAUUCAUUACUUUUUACGAAUGAAGUUAUGCUCUGCGAUUUUAAUAAUGAUUAUGCAUCAAUAAGUUCAGUAUCAAAUACAUUGGAUAGCGCAGAAUGUGAUUUUGAUCCUAUUGCUUUCGAAGCAUUCUUGAAUGAUUUCUUAUCAAAUGAUGCAUCAAUACUGAAAGAACAAUCGAUGGAUCUUCCAUUAACACCAUUGGAAGCUGAACCAACGACUCGCGAAAUCGGAACUGAUCCCAUGGAAUCAGUGUCAACUACACGACCCAUUACUAUUACAACAGCUAAUAUGCAUCAAUUUUCUAAAAAUUCUAUAAUUCUUAUUCGAACAACAAAUGGAAAUGAAAUCGGUCAUUCAUUACAAGUAGAAACUUUACCAUUGACGACAACAACAGCUGAAUCUUACAAUUUUCACUUUGAAACACCCAUAUCAACCACUAAUGAUUAUCAAACGGAAGAUACUCUACCGUUAACACCGUCAACAUUAAGUGAAUCAAACGAUGAAACACGAUCAGAUUCACCAGAAAUUUCUCCAGACAAUGUCUAUUCAACAUUGUUAACAAAUUUUGAUAAUUUACCCGGCAAAGGUCCAUUGGUUUUAACAAAUGAAGAAGUGAAAUUAAUUAAACAAGAAGGUUAUCAAGUACCAAAUAAACUACCAUUAAAUAAAACUGAAGAAAAACUGUUGAAAAAGAUCCGCCGAAAAAUAAAAAAUAAAAUUUCAGCGCAAGAAAGUCGUCGAAAGAAAAAAGAAUACGUUGACGCACUAGAAAAAGAAAUUGCGAAAUAUGUUGAUGAAAAUAAUGCGCUCAAAGAACGAAUGGCAACUAUUGAAAAAAAUCAAAAAAAACUGGCAAAAGAACGAGAUUUACUUCGAUCAAUGAUGAACAAAGUCACACCUCAAUCCGGUACAGUUUUAAUGGCUUUUGCUGUAUUUUUUGCCGUUGUUUUUGGUAUUUGGGCACCUGCUACUAAUAAAUCAGGUAUCGAUGAUAGAUCAUUAUCAUUAGAAAAUUCAUUUAUACCAUCGAAUAACUACCAAUCAGCAUUUGCAACACAAAAAUCUUUAUUUGAACAACAAGAAUCUACGCCUUCAAAUUAUGUGAGUGAUAAAUUUAAAUCUCGUGUACUUCUUUCAAUCGAUGAAACUGAUAAUCAUCAUUAUGGUCCAUAUUUACCAUCGAAAAAUGAAUAUCAAUCAUCGUUUCGACGGGAAUCCGCUGCACCAGGCUAUACAUAUUCACAUACAGUUGAGAAAUAUAUGAAUAAAAAACUCAAUUCAGAAAAAUCGAUCGAAGAAGCACACGAUAAUAAUUUUAAACAAACAUUAGCCGAUGAAUCUUCAUCACUUGAUUAUAUACGAGAACCAGCACAUAAAAAACGAAAAGCAAAUUAUCAUAUGAGUGAAAAUUUUAUUGUUGUUGAAGAAACAAAUGAAGAAAUGGAUGCUGUUCUUAAUGAAAGUAAACAAGUCAAAAUUAUUCGAGUUGAACGAACAAUACCAGCGUUUGGGAACGAUAGUUUAAAAUUAGCUCAUCAAACAAUUGACAAAUGA